AUGGAGAAUCCACAUGAGCAAACACACAACAUGCUUCUAGCAAGAAUAAUAACCAACAUGGAGAAUUUAAAUGAAUCAGUAGCUGAAAUGAAAAGACUCCUAGGUGAUGCAAACAAGAAUAACUUGCCUACGGAAGUAUUGGCCAAGAUGUGGGAGAGUUAUAUCAGAAAUGCCGAGUAUCACUUACAAGCAACGGGACAAAUGGAAACCACACUGGCAGAAAAAGAUGAUGAAGAAGAGCAGUGGGAGGAAAAUGAGCAAGAACUUGAAUAG